AUUACAAAGGGAAUGACUAUAGACCUUCUGUUGGAAUCAUACUACAAAAAAUGGGAAAUCGAGUGGUGAAGAUAUUAGACAUCAAAGAUCACUCAGUUCAUAACGGACACCUGGACAAAGUGACAAUAAAUGAAGUAGGUCGUUCCAAUUAUAAUAUUAUUGAUUCCGCUAAUAAUCCUGAUUUUGUAGAUAAUUCAGAAAUAAGUCCAGAUAAUACUGAUGAAGGUAAUAUCACAGAAUCAGUUAGAAGGUCGCAGCUACUUGCAAGCAAACCGAGACAUCGUUAUAAAUACGCGAGGAGAUAUUCGAGGUGUGGCGGAUGUGGUGAUUGACAAUUUCUAUCUCUGUAUUGUUUAAAUACUUACUGUUGACUGUUGAUAUGUUUCUUAUAUGAAUUGCAUUCUAAUUCCGCUAAAUACAAAUUACUGAUUGCUGCCCUCUCUGGGUUUUGAUUAGAUUCCUAUAAUU